UUAAGACGAAAUGCUAAAUAUUCAAUAAAAAUAACUUGGUUUUCAGUUUUUGUUGCAGAAGAGCGACGAUCUCCCGGUGGAUGAUUCAAUCAUUGCGGUUACGUAGACGCUUGGUGCUCCCCUGCUUCUGCUUAAUCCAAAACUAAAAGGCUCAGCAUUAUCAGAAUCAGCACAAGUCAGCCUGGAUCAGCUGAUUCAAAUUGAAUUUGGUGGCAAACUGAUUUGUUUCUGUGGAGAGCUAAUUCUUUAAUUAUUCUUUAUACAACUUUCCAUUUAUCUUUUCAGAAAAUUACUUUUGUAAUAUCUUUUGGGUGAUUCAGAACUGGUUCAGCUGAAUCGAUGAAUUGGCCAACUCCCUGAUCAAUAGCCCUGCUGGUUCGCUUCACAAACUGAUUUUUGUGAUACUAUUCCGGUGGCCUUGACAGAAGUAAAGCUAGAGGAAAAAGAACUGAUGGCAGAGUUGGUUGGACCACGAUUAUACAGCUGUUGCAAUUGUCGCAACAAUGUUGCUCUUCAUGACGAUAUCAUUUCAAAAGCAUUUCAGGGAAGAAAUGGCAGAGCAUUUCUUUUUGCUCAUGCAAUGAAUAUAGCUACAGGGCCAAAAGAAGACAGGCAACUCAUGACUGGGCUGCAUACAGUUGCCGAUGUUUAUUGCUUUGAAUGUCGAGAGAUUUUGGGAUGGAAAUAUGAACGUGCUUAUGAAGAAACACAGAAGUACAAGGAAGGGAAAUAUAUUCUGGAGAAGUCAAAGAUCGUCAAAGAAAAUUGGUAGCUUGUGAUCUGGUUUGUGCACAUGUCCAUAUUCCCUGUUUGCUGCUACACGGUGGCUUAGUUUGGUAACAUGUCCUGUGUUCAUCAUGUACAGAAAUGUUGAUCCAUUGGAAGGUUCAGCAAUUGCUGAUUGUCCAUUCUCUGUUAUUAUGACGUGACUGUUUUCUAAUUGUAACAUUUGGCUGCAGUUCAUGUUGAUUGUUUGUGAGACUGGUUCAAGUGGCUGUCAAUUGUAUAUAAGUUGAACUUCCAAAUAAAGUGUGUUUAUAUCUUAUGUGCAUUUA